AUGAAUGGAUCAUAUGAUCCCACAGAACCAGGUAUAGACACGGGAAAUAGCUUGAAUGAACAUGAGGAUCUCAUAUUUAUAAAGAGACUUACAGAACACGGGGGAGUGAAGAGUAUAAAUAUCAAGCCUUCGGGAUGGAGACUUAUUUACUGUGCCUUGCUGCAUAGACAAACUGCGCAUGCUCUUACAGUAUUUGAGUAUAAAACAGCAAAUAACUUCGCAUAUUGGCGUUUAGCAAAAAAUUACAAGAGUGAUAUAUAUGAUAUUGAUAAACGCCAUCCAGACGAAUCUUUCUUUGCGUCACGGAAACUUCUAAAACCGGACGUUGACAUUGACACAGAAUGCAUGGUUCCUUUCAACGACGAUGGUGUGAGUUCUGCAGCUGCUGUCCGGGCAAUUUGCAUAGGUUUUCGACAUCCUAUUAAUUGGGACGUAAAGAAUCUGAUAAAGCUUAGCAUAAAGAGGGGUCGAAUGACACAUCAACAUUCAGUUGGUAACCUAGGGUCUCUAGUAACUGCGUUAUUAACAUCAUACGCUAUCCAGAAGAUUCAAGUUCGACAGUGA